AUGGAGACCAAGAGGAAGAGGGGCCGGGGAAAGGCCCCCGAUGCCAAGGCCGCGGAAGGCCAGACAGGUGCUCCCUCCGCCUCCGAGGGGUCCCCCAUGGAGGACGCGGAGGCCGGAGCCUCGAGCCCCCGGAGGCUCCGGGGCCGCCCGAGGAAGCCAGUGGCUGAGGCGGAGGGCCAGCUGCCGGCUGGCGAAGGGCAGAACGAGGGCAGGGACGGCGGGAGAAGGCAGAAGGCGAAGCGAGGUGAGUCCGCCAAGAGGCCGUCGUCCCCGCUGCGGAAUUCUCUCGUGGUGGUUAACAGCGGGGGGGAGAGCGGGGACCAGCUUGUCGUUGCGGAGCAGCAGUCAUUGAGGUGGGAGCAAGUGGCGCGGGUGGUGCCGUCGAUGGACGCUGUUGUGAAGGUGUUCUGCGUGCAUACGGAGCCCAAUUUCUCUCUGCCGUGGCAGCGAAAGCGCCAGUACAGUUCGAGCAGUAGCGGUUUUAUCAUUGGUGACCGGAGGGUGCUGACGAAUGCCCACUCGGUCGAGCACCACACGCAGGUUAAGCUGAAGAAGCGCGGGUCGGACACCAAGUACCUUGCGACUGUGCUGGCCAUUGGAACAGAGUGCGAUAUUGGUACUUUUCACUCCUAUUUCUCUCAGCGGUCGAUAAGUUUUUGGGCUUCUUUUUAUCUGUUCUUUAUCUGUUUUUUCGGUCCAUGUUUCGUCCAUACUCAUAGUAGCCUAUUCGUUUGUCAUAGUGCUAAUUGUUUCCCUAACGGUGUGAUAUCUAGCAUCUCUGUAGCUUGGUUAGCCACGACGCCUGCCCUAUGAAGCAGAGGCUGUGUGUUCAGAUUGACUCGAGGCUAAGUUGGAAGAAGUGAACUCAAGGUGGUAUUCCUGCAAACGUUGAACUAGCACCAACUAUGGUCGAGCCAGAAAACAUAGUAAGAUUAUGAAGUAUAGGAAUAUAAGUUUUUAGAUUUUCUUAAGACUGAAUCACACAAUGCUUUUGGGACAAGGACUAUGGGAUAGGAAGUGAAACUUUUCCAGAAUAUUACCGCAUGAUGCUUGUCUAAUGUCCUUGUAAUUUUCUAGUAGUUCAACUCAUGCAGAAUCAUGGAUCAGAUAAGCCACAUGAGUGGAACUGAGACUUGUACGUUAUUUCACCACCUGAUACAUGGUUUAUGUUGUUUUACCUUGUUAAGUAGCUAACAUAUCAACAACCCGUUCAUCAGAAAAAAUAAUAGGAUGACCCCACUGUCCUUGGGUAUAUUCUGACUGGAUAUUUGGGACGGAGAAAUUUAUGGUUACCCGUUUGUACUCCUGUUGGUGCUUGCCUGUGUCUUUAUUCAUACAUGGGUAGAAAAAAUAAUAGGAUGACGCCACUGGUGAUUGAUGACCCUCCUCCAUGGGCUAAUUUCGCUUCCUAUUCAGUAAAGUCCUCUCAACGUUAACUAGUUUGUUCGAGCGUUCAUCCACUAAGAUUUUGGACAUGAUUAGCGUUCUACUGGAUAAUUUCAAGUCUAGCAGUCCGUAACAUCUAACAUGUUAUCAAAAGAUAUCCAGCUCCAUUUCUAAUUUAUGCUUGAUAGAUCUUUCCCUCGAAGUAAGUUCUGCACGCCAGGUAUCUGGAAGGCAAAUGUAGAUUCUCAGAAUCCCUUUGUAUUGGGAACGUGACAAUGAUGCUAAAUGCCCGUUUUCUGUUCCGUUUCCUUUUUCAUAGUCUUCUCCACAUCUAUACUUUUCACUUUCGUGUCCUCAAGGUUGAAGAAAAGUCCAUUCUAUAUAUUUUUCAGUUCUCAUUCUUCUCUUGGCAGUAUUGUGCAUGACCUCCUUGUCCGUUUUCUUGUCUACAAACAAAGUUAGCUUUAUUGUGCACUAUUAUAUUAAAGAGGCGAAGUUCAUGCAGUACUCAGAAUCUUUUGGGAUCCUCUAUUACCUCUAAACAUAGAUUGAUGUGAUGAGGCACACAUUUUCUGCUUGAUGAAAGUUCUUCCCUUUCCCAUUCUUGUCAGACAUUUCUGGGGAAAUGGUCGGUGUCAGCAAAGAGUACGUUUCAAUCAUAAAGAAAUCUCCAAAUGUUUAAAGUGGCCUGUUUAUUGUACUGAAAAGGGUCAAGUAAAGAGAUGCACAAGUUUAUCUGCGACAAGCAGUUAAAACAAUCCCGCCAUGCAAGAAGAGAUGUGCAGACCUUGGUGUUGACUGAGCAAUAUACCUGAAGCGAAUAAAAUGGUAGAACCACCCUCUUCCUCGAUUUAUAGAAUCCUUGCCCAGUCACUCUUUCCCUCUCACUGGAAAUUCUUAUAUUUCUACCACCUUUGAAACCUGAAGAAGAAUUAUUCCAUUGAUUCUAAAUCUUAAUUCACAUAGAGCAUGAGCCACCAUAACUUGUCAUCUCUUUUCUCUUUUCCAGACAAAAAAUUAGAAUGCCAAUAAAGCCUCCCUCUUUUGAGAUCUGAGCGUUGGCCAUGUAGAGAUCUGAAUAGGAUUCUUAAAUAUCUUGAGGAAUUUGGAAACUCUUGUUGGCUGAAGAUGUAUCUGCGAUGAAAUUCCUGCUGUGAGUAAUUGUUUUGUUGGGCACACCUUGAAAUUCUUCACGUUAUUUUGGCCUGUUAAAGCAAAUGCAAAGGUCAAUGUCGUGCAUGAAAACCUUGGCUAUGUAACGUGGCCAGUGGUCUUUCUAAAUGCAGAUCAUGUAGGGUUACUAUGACUUGAAGAGAUCAUUAGGAAGCUCCACAGCAGUCAUGGGAAUUGUUAGUUUCCCUUGAGAAAGUACCGGUCUGCACGGUUUGUAUUUCCUUAUAUAAUUGAAUGUUUAUUUAGUUGAUGUCUAUUUAACUCUUCUUUGUGUAACUGUUUGAUGCUGAAUUUAGUAUUUCUAACGUGCAGCUUUGCUGACUGUCAGUGAUGAUGAGUUCUGGGAUGGCGUUUCACCUUUGGAGUUCGGUUCCUUACCUGCACUUCAAGAUGCUGUUACUGUUGUUGGCUACCCAAUUGGUGGUGACACCAUUUCUGUGACUAGUGGUGUUGUUUCUCGCAUGGAGAUCUUGUCGUACGUUCAUGGCUCCACAGAGCUGUUGGGUUUGCAGGUUAGAAACAGUGUAAAAUAUAUCCAAGUUAACUCCUGAAGAAUUCAUAAUCAUUAGGAUAUUUGAUCAUGAAGUGUUUAACUUUUUUUUUUGGGAGGGAGGACCAUUUCUAUUUUAUUUCUCUAAGUUUUGUUCGCAAUUACAGAUUGAUGCAGCGAUAAACUCGGGAAAUUCUGGUGGUCCUGCUUUCAAUGACAAGGGAAAAUGUGUUGGCAUAGCAUUUCAGUCCCUUAAGCAUGAAGAUGUAGAAAACAUAGGAUAUGUCAUACCCACACCUGUCAUUCUUCAUUUCAUUCGAGACUAUGAAAAAUCAGGAGGCUAUACAGGUAUUUUGGAUAGAACAUGGUGAUCCUAUUUCAUUUUUUCUCUUUUUCUUUUUGUUAGCCGGUCUGCAAAAUCAUGUAUUUGUUUAUUCCUUUGAUCUGUUGUUUGGCUUGCAGACUUAGAUUCAAGUGCUCUUAAUGUUUAUUUCAUCGCAGGCUUCCCAAUUCUCGGAAUUGAGUGGCAGAAGAUGGAAAAUCCUGAUCUACGCAAGGCUAUGGGGAUGCAGCCUGAUCAGAAGGGUGUUCGUAUCAGGAGAGUGGAACCAACUGCUCCAGAAUCUCAUCUGAUGAAGCCAUCUGAUAUUCUACUCAGUUUUGAUGGGAUUGAUAUUGCUAAUGACGGAACUAGUAAGAUUCUUUUUAAACAUGUUUUCUGUUAGUUUUUAGAUUUGUUCAAGGUUUAAGAUGAGAUGUAGAAAGGUUAGUGAUGUAAUUGUUAGGAUACGAUAUGUGUAAUCAAUGACUCUAAAAGUCUUGCAUUUAAAUGUUCUACUGUUGAUAUGAAUUCGUGAAUACGACUACCAUUGCUGAUAGGUGUUCUAUCUGUAUUUGUGGCUUCUUGACUGUUGGUGAUACUCGUUUUAUUUGUGUUGGUGCAGUUCCUUUCAGACAUGGGGAACGCAUUGGCUUUAGUUAUCUUGUCUCACAAAAGUACACUGGAGAGACUGCAUUGGUGAAGAUUCUUCGCAAGUCAGAAGUCCAUGAGUUUAAUGUAAAACUUGAAACACACAAAAGACUCAUUCCAGCUCACAUUAAGGGCCGACCACCCUCAUAUUACAUCAUUGCUGGUUUUGUCUUUACAUGUAUAUCAGUUCCUUAUCUUCGUUCUGAGGUUAGUUGCUCUUAUGAAACCAUGUGUGCUUCGUUCUCUUUUUCCUUUCUUUUUGACUUCGUUACUAUUUAAGAGUUUUAAGAGUUGUAAUCAUCAACUUUGCUGGUCUUCUUAAAGAAAAUAUUAUUUACUCUGUAGCGUAGGAGUUAUAAAUUUUUGUUUCUAGAUAUCACUCCAUGACACCUUAGUCGUUGUCAUUUGGGAUUGUCUAGUUCGUAUAGCUUGCAUUGGCUUUGUGGUACAUAUUCAUGCUCUUUCACUUUAUAGAUGACUGGAUCAGAUACGUUUUUUAUUCAUACUGACUGAAAACACGUGUCCAUUUUAUGUCUGAUAACUAAUGGUGCAAUCAGCUCGGAAAGAGUAAGAAGAAUUUUUAUGGAGUCCAAGUUUUAAGAAUAGUUAUCAUUGGUAUAUAGCAUGAACUAAAUCAUGUUUAAAUGCCUUUUUUAUCAUUCAGGAAGGGUUUGAUUCCAUAUCGGUCCAUGAGUUCAUGUUGUGUUGUUAUUAUGGGUAACUUUUCUGUAUUUAUGUCUUCAGAGCUCUCAUGUAAGGUGCACCCGGAGUAUCUUCAUCUGAACAUUUAAUGAUACUUAAGUCGUUAGGAAUUCAGAAGCAUCUUUGGAUCACAUGUGAUAAUUCUCAAAUUGUGCUUUUAUAUCAUUAAUUUAUUCACCUCCUUUCUGCUCUUCAAAUUUUUUGGUGCCUUGGGUAGGUUCACGUGAGUCCUGUUUCUAAAAGAUAGGUUUAAAUCUUCCUUUCUGCUGCCGAAUUUACGGUUCCUAAAGGAGAAAGAUUCAAAAUUUAGUACGGGGCUGCAUCAUUGGGUGGGGGUGAAAUUGGCUGAAAUCAUGAGAGAUCUGAGUGAAAGUGAUCCGUGAUCCAUUCAAAGCAAGUCAAAGAAAAAGCUUAGGCCAUGGUUCAUGUUUAAGCUGUACAUUGAGCCUAACAGAGCCUUGUGCCCUGGGCAUUUUAGUAUUUAUACACUGAGCUCUUCUUUUCUGUUAAAAACAAUUUUGGAAUCCAGCUGUGUAGCAUCUGGUGUGCUCGUGGUAGAUAUGGGGUACGACCGUGUUGUAGCCGUGUGAAUAAUAGCGAAGCUCAGAAUCAGUAAUUGUUUUUAAUUGGGAAGAACAGAUAGCGGUGCGGCGCCUUGUGCUUCUGGCAGCUGUUGGUUUCAGGGCUAAUAGCUUUCCAUUUUUGAUCUGUGGCCUUUCUUUUAUCAUGAGAUAAACUCCCAUUUUUACUUUCUCUUUCCCACUUUUUUUGACCUAACAUUACUUUCUCUUCUUACCCCUUCUGUUUGUUCUAUAUUUGAUCAUCCCUCCGGUCGUUUCUUUCCGAAUUGUUUUCUUUUGCUCUUUCUUCUUUUUUCCUUUUGUUCUUCUGGAUCAGCCAGUGUUUGGGUUAGAAUUCGCCAAUCCUUUCUAUAAGAUCUGUAUUAUCCAUUCCAAUGCUUGGGACCUAGUUCUGUAACUAUUUAUGAGCUGACAUGUUAAAUGCACUAACACCCUUUCAUGAAGAUGAUCUACUGAAUUCAGCUGUUGGUUGAUAAGUGCAUAUGGUUACUUAGUGAUGGUAAUAAAGUUGUAAACUUCCAAAACUCAAUAUGAGCUAGCUCAUCAACAGAUUUUAUAAUCGGUGCAUGGGGUUCAUAUUUGAAUUGAAUAUUUUUUUGUCUUGUAUGCUUCAUUAUAUUUUCCUGGGAAGGAAGGGAAACCGACGCUAAGGCCUGUUGCCUGACAAGUAAUUUUGUCUGAAGUUGCCUGCAAAAUAAACUUACCUAUUUUGUUUCUUCAAUGGUUUACUCUUCUGAAGAAAUGCUGAAAUCAUGUAAUAAUGGAUCUCUUCUCAUCAACCUGGUGUGGGCCAGGAAACCACCCUUUGAAACGGAUGAAUAUUGUAAUGUGUCAUGGCUGUCUGGCAGCCUGUUUUGUCCCAUUUUGUUUGGUGUAAUUUGAAAUAUAUUGUUGGAGCGUUUCCUAUUUCGUGUACGAGUUACUAAGGUGAUUAUCAUCCUUGAGCUUGGCAACCUUAACUUCAGUAUUGCUGUAUGUGGGUAUCUAUUUUUUAUUUGUCUUAUAAUUACACGAUUUGGUAUAGUGGAACGUCAGUUUACAUCCUUCUACCAUGUAUCAUUGAACGUCUUUUUUAAGGGCAUGCUUUCCACACUUCUGAAGAAGUCAUUCUCCAACUAAUAUAUAUAUAUAUAUUUUUUCUGGAAGGCAUUUUUUUCUUUAUUUCUCAUUUUCCUUUUUAAUUAAAUAUUUGUGGAUGCAAACUACUUCUGCUCCUUUGAGUGAUGUUUCCCCUUGAUCUAAUCCUUCCAGUAUGGGAAGGACUAUGAAUAUGACGCACCUGUCAAACUGUUGGACAAACUCCUGCAUUCAAUGGCGCAAUCAGAAGAUGAGCAGCUUGUCGUUGUCUCUCAGGUUUUGUGCUGUGUGCUGUGAAGCGAAAUGCAUUCUUCCAUAAAGUUCACCAUUUACACACCUAUGUUGACUUUUUUGCAUGUUCCAUCAGGUUCUUGUGGCGGAUAUUAAUAUUGGCUAUGAAGAGAUUGUCAACACUCAGGUUAGAUUGGGAUGAAAUACUCCAUUAAGAUCUCGUCUCGCUUAAUGGUUUAUGUCCUCUAACCUAAGAAAAGCGUGACGGAAAAAAAAAAACUGGCUUCUUCUAUAUGGUAUAUUCUUAUUGCAUGAUGGGAAUCUCUUAAGCUUAUUUAUUUAUUCAUUUCUGAGGCUUUGCCUAACUCGUCUUAUGGUGUUCCGUGCUUAACAGCUAACAGCCUUUGUAGAACCAACCAAUCCUUACAUCAUACUUUAUCGUCACAUCUGUUGCUAACAUCAUAUAGGGGGGAGAGAGAGAGAGAGAGAGAGAGAGAGAGAGAGAGAGAGAGAGAUCUACCCUGUUGGGGAUUAAUCGUGACAUCCUGUUUAGUGGCUAUCGAAGUGCUUUCUUUCCCUAGAUUUGACUUUAAACUUUAAGAAAAGAAGUCAACCAACCAAAAUGCGACGUCCCUCAUGAGAAUGAUCCUUUCCAGUUCCCUCUCUAUAUCACAAGCAUUGGUGCUUUCUCUCUCUUUCAAGGAGCUCUGUGACCUGAACAUCCGACUGUUCCUCUCUUCCCUGAUUGCACAUGAAGACCAGGUGUAGUAGGAACUACCAAUCUAUGCAAUCGUCUUUGAAUGGCCAGUGCCCACACUAGUGGUCCAUGGAGCUUCCAGUUCCCUAGGGAGAUCAUCUUAGAACCAUAUCGUCGUGCAGAGAGCAGCACCCGAUAUGUGCAGGUGGUCCCAAGACACCCGUCUGGACAUACUAUUUAUGGGCAUAUAUACUUCGGUUAUAUGGUACAUCUGCUUGAAGAUGACUUGUUGCUGCAUUGCAGGUUCUUUCUUUCAAUGGUAAACCUGUGAAGAAUCUGAAAGGUUUGGCGACCUUGGUAGAAAACUGUAAUGAAGAGUUUCUGCAGUUCAGUCUGGACUACGAUCAGGUCUCAUCUCCACCUCGCUCAUUAAUUUCGGACCUGAUAUUCAUCACUCCUCACCUACACGCAAAAAUAGCUUCCCAUGCUCUCCGAAUGAUAUGCUUCCUAAAGUUAAGAAAAAAAAAAGAAGAGAAAACCUCGGGAACAGCUCUAUGCACAAAUAUAUUAUAAUUUGUUUAUUUAUUAUUGAACCUUGGAAAUUGUAACAUUUAGCGUAGUAAUUUGGCCAUAAAUCCUAAUGGACACUUGUUUGACUUAUUAAUUUUUUGCACAGAUAGUCGUCCUAGAGACGAAGACCGCAAAGGCUGCCACGCUCGAAAUUCUCAGCACUCACUGCAUACCUUCGGCGAUGUCAGAUGAUCUGAGGGCAUGA